UCCGCCGCUUCCGAUGGGUGAGGACAGCGAGAGCCCCAAAAUCAAUCACAGCUUCCUCCGAGACUAUGUCACAGAAGCUGAUGUCAUUUCUACAGUGGAGUUUAACCAGACGGGGGAUCUGCUGGCCACAGGGGAUAAGGGGGGGCGAGUGGUCAUCUUCCAUAGAGAAACAGAGUCUAAAAGUGAAUCUGAAGAGCUGGGAGAAUCGGGUGAGUAUAAUGUCUACAGCACGUUCCAGAGUCACGAACCGGACUUUGAUUAUCUGAAGAGUUUGGAAAUCGAGGAGAAGAUCAAUAAGAUCCGCUGGCUGCCACAGCAAAACGCUGCCCACUUUCUCCUCUCUACUAAUGAUAAAACUAUAAAGUUAUGGAAGGUGAGCGAGAGAGACAAGCGGCCAGAGGGCUACAAUCUGAAGGACGAAGAAGGGCGAAUAAAGGACAUCUCCACCGUGACCUCACUACAGGUGCCGGUCCUGAAGCCCACUGACCUGAUGGUUGAGGUGCGGCCGAGGAGAAUCUUUGCCAACGGCCACACCUACCACGUCAACUCCAUCUCAGUCAAUAGCGAUGGCGAGACAUAUCUGUCUGCUGAUGAUCUCAGGAUCAACAUGUGGCACCUGGAUAUCACAGAUCGAAGCUUCAACAUUGUGGACAUUAAGCCGGCUAAUAUGGAGGACCUGACGGAGGUAAUAACAGCUGCAGAGUUCCACCCACAGCACUGCCACCUGUUUGUAUACAGCAGCAGUAAAGGCACAUUACGCCUCUGUGACAUGAGAGAGUCUGCACUCUGUGACAAGCACUCCAAAAUCUUUGAGGAGCCAGAGGACCCAGGCAAUCGAUCUUUCUUUUCUGAGAUCAUCUCGUCGGUUUCUGAUGUUAAGUUCAGCCAUAGUGGACGCUAUCUGCUCACCAGAGACUACUUGACUGUCAAAGUAUGGGACCUCAACAUGGAGAAGGGCCCAGUGGAGACCUACCAGGUGCAUGAGUACCUAAGAGGCAAACUCUGCUCUUUGUAUGAAAACGACUGCAUCUUUGACAAGUUUGAGUGCGUCUGGAAUAGCACAGACAGUGUAAUCAUGACAGGUGCGUAUAACAGUUUUUUCCGGAUGUUUGAUCGUGAGACCGGUCGCGGUGUAACCCUCGAGGCAUGGCGUGAGAGCAGUAAACCGCGUGCCGUGCUGCGGACUCGCCGCGUUUACACCGGGGGCCGGCGUCGCCGGGGAGACGUGGGCGUGGACAGUCUGGACUUCUCUAAAAAAAUUCUGCACAUGGCUUGGCACCCGGCUGAAAACAUCAUCGCCAUCGCAGCCACUAACAACCUCUAUAUCUUUCAGGACAGGGUCAAUGCGGAAAACCAGUGACAAGAGUCAUGUAAUGGGGUAAUGCAGUAAUGCUCUUCACAGGGCCACACACACCAACAUGCAUUUAAAUCAUGCACAUGUAUUAAAUUUAUCCUUCAAAACAAACAUUAUUGGUCCUGUGAAGGUGGGCAUAGUUGGCGGACUAUGUUUGCCGUUCCAGGAGAGCAGUUAUAUAUACAGGUAGCUAGUGACUUUAACUGAUAACUGUUUGGUUAAUUACACCGCCAAGAAUGUUGCCAAUGAGCUACAGAAUGUGAAAUUUAUGAUUGGCAUCACAGUAAGCCAAUCCUGGACUUCUUUGAUAUGUGAUGGAUGGUGUUUCCGGCCAAUCCCUGACUGCGCUGAUCUGUGAUUGACAGCUGUUUGGAUAAAGGCUGGUGUCUUUAGGCUGAAGACCAGGAAUGAGACCGCUCCGCUCCUCUGUGCCAGGGUGCCAUGGAGACAGGUUACUCAGUUGCCAUGGUAACAAGAGUGCUCUGAGUAGUCUUCCUAUCACGUGCUUCCCAAAAACCUAUCCCACAAUGCAUCUGCUACACGGGCACUCAUUUUACUUCACGUUGAAUCGACCAUUUGUAGAGACUUGAUUGCCUAUAUGACCGUAUCACUAUAUCUCACACUUGGAGAAGGCUUGUCUGGUGUCUUAUGUCAGAAGUAUUGAACCACUACUUCAUCAAAACACUGUCUUAACCUGGUUACACCUCAUGAUGGGUUAUAUUUACACCUGUAUGGUAAGAACAGUAUUGGUAGGUCUCUCAAAAAAAUAAAUAAACAAAAACUACAAUAAGGGUAUAUCACACUGCUAACACUCUUUUUAAAAAAGUCUC